AUGGCCCUCCAGUUCUUGGACGAAGUGAACCGGCGUCUUCAUCGACCGCAGCAGCGGAAGAGUCGUCUCGCCCCGUACUUUGACGCCCACUACGAGUUUCAGACGCUCUACAAGUCGCCAUCCGCCUCCCGGUCCCCGUCACCGGAACUGAGCCGGACCCCGCGAUCAACGUGGUCAGCGGGCAUCUCUCGAAAGCGAUCAUGGUCGUCGGUGGAGAGCGUUAGCGAAGCAUCGUCUACGAGUCUGGACGUGAAGAGGCGGCGGAUCAACCCAACGACGCGCAAACAACACCUGCCCACCUCGCGUUACAUGAGGCAUGUCAAUAAGCAUACAAGCCUUCAGCAUACUGGUGAUCGAGCCUUGCGGUCUUGUCUGCCGAGCAGUACUCGUCGGGAAAAGACUGGUCGAUCCGUCAUUUCCACCCCGCGAUACCUCAAACGGUCUCAACAUUCCUCACUCGAGGAUACCCGGCUUGGCAAACUUCGAAUGCCCACGAAGGUGACCAAAAAGGCGAAAAAGAAGAGCACCGAUCAUGGUAGCCUGCGGAGCAACGUCCGCUAUUCUCUCCGCCAUAUGCCUGCACGGCUGAACAAGGCCGUCUGGCGUGCUCUGGACGCUACUUGA